UUUCCAGCCACUUCGCAUACAUACACGACUAGCGUCUGCUUGACGCCCGCCGUUAGGCAAAACCAUAACGCUACAGUGCACGUUUGAUAAAUACAAUGCAAAGCGUUCUCGUCGCUUGCCUUUUUCUUGGAUUUACCUGCAUCACUGCAGCCGAUGAAGCGGAAGAUGUGUGGAAGCUCAUGGAACAGGGUAUUCGCGAACGGGCCGGAUCGGAGGCUCUCGCGGAGAGGCUACUCGUAGAGGCCCGGAUUGUUCAAAAGUGUGGACUCGAGCAUCCUGAGCAUGGCCUUGCUGUUCUUAGAAAGAUGUUUGUGAAAAUUGGCUCUGAAGGAACUGAGUGCGUCAGGACGAAGUCUGGAAUUGCAGACGCUGCAGAAAGAGUCAUUGCUAUCAAAAAAUGUUGGACAGAUGUGGCGGACCAUGCAAAGGCCUCGAUACCGCUUACCGAGGAGGAAGCCGUCGUCUUCGACACCAUAAGGGUCUGCGUUGUCAAAGGUUUGGAGGCACUGAAGGAAUGAGCGAAAGGUGAAGCAGGAGCUACUGAGCGGCUUGUUUACAGCUUUUGUAGGACCUUCUGCAUAAUAAAACUAUUGUCUCCAA